AAAAUAUAGCCAGAAUAUGGGAGACAAAACAAACACAUGUCUAGACUUGCAUACUAAACUACAUAUGAUCAAUGCACGUUGCACUGUACGUAGUGGUUUAGGUUAUGCCGUAUGCCGUAUACCGUAUUUUCGUGGACGCAGGGCCCGCGAAGAUAAGGAUACGCGCAUGCAGGUUCGGCUAUCGAACUUUACCGACUGAAACCGGGUGUCUUACAUACUUAAUAAUAAUAUAUCGAUUGAUGGAUCGAAUUCGGCAUUGUCUGUUAAUUUUCUAUCAUAAUUCAUAUGGUCUGCGUAUGCAUUUUAAAGUCUCGCUCGUAUAUUGAACGAUUAAGAUCGCAGUACCCUCAAAGAUGGGGGAGGAGAGACUGAACGUCGAUCAACCUCUAUGGGAUCUUAGCACCUUCGUAGGCAGAUGGAAGCAUUUCUUAUGGCAAACUGAUUUCCGCACUUGUACCGCUGGUGAAUCCCAGUUGCUAGCAGCAAAGAAACUAUGCGAGGACUAUAAACUUGGGAAGGAGCCAGCUGGUACAACCCGGGAGCAAAUCAUCUAUGCUAAGAAGCUUUACGAGUCGGCCUUUCAUCCCGACACCGGUGACCUGCAGAAUGUCUUCGGUAGAAUGUCCUUUCAAGUGCCAGGCGGAAUGCUUAUCACUGGUGCUAUGCUUCAGUUCUAUAAAACAACCACAGCUGUGGUUUUUUGGCAAUGGGUGAACCAGUCGUUCAACGCGUUCGUUAACUAUACGAACAGAAAUGCCAACAGUCCUACGACCGUGUCUCAAUUAGGACUGGCAUACGUCAGUGCUACCUCAGCGGCCAUGAUAACGGCUAUAGGAUGCAAGUCCUUUUGGGCAAAACGGGCAAGCACCCUUAUGGCGCGCUACGUGCCGUUCGCUGCCGUGGCAGCUGCAAAUUGCGUGAACAUUCCCCUGAUGCGGCAGAACGAAAUCACUAAUGGAAUCGACAUCAGUGACGAGAAUGGCAAUAAGUUGACCAAGUCAAAAUUCGCCGCAGUUAAAGGUAUCAGCCAAGUAGUCAUCUCGAGAAUUGUUAUGUGUGCACCUGGCAUGUUGAUUCUACCACCCAUCAUGGAAAGACUAGAAAAAUAUGCUUGGAUGCAGAAGAUCACAUUUUUGCACGCACCUAUACAAGUUAUGUUGGUCGGUUGUUUUCUGACGUUUAUGGUUCCUACGGCGUGUGCAUUAUUCCCGCAAAAUUGCUCCAUUAAAUCUUCUGAUUUGGAACGCUGGGAGCCUGAAAAUUACGAACUUUUGAAGAAGAAUUGUAAAAGCAGAGAUAUACCCACUUACUUAUACUUCAACAAAGGUUUAUAAUUCAUAGAGACUGUAGUCGUGAUAAAAGAUCAUCGAGGGCGCUCUUUUUCAUUACCCUUAGGGGAUAAGCAAGCUAAUUAAUAAUCCCAUAGAAUAGUGUCGGGAAUAUUUUUAGUUUUCUGCUGGUUCAGAGGAUGAAGAGAGCUUGUUUCGAGGAGAACAAUAAAUACGACAAUAUUGCAUUUCAAAUAAUUCUUGUUCUAUAUAGCAAUACAUUUUAUUUGUAAAUUUCAUAAUAUACAUUCUAAAUCAGUGCAUUUUAUCAUUCAUUGUGUAUGUUGAUCGGUAUCCUCUUGUGAUAGGAAUAACGAUAGAAUCGCUAAAAUGUAAUUACCUUUUGUACAUGAGACAUUUCAGACAGCAAUAAUCUGUUUUUACUAAACGCUCAAUCAUCUUGCUUUAAUUAAACUAGGUAAACAAACAUAUGCAUUUGUUAACGACUUAAAUGGCAAUAUCGUAAUAUUACACAUUGUAUUGUUAAAUCUUUGUGUCAUAGAUCUUAAAACAACUGUCGAUGUUCUAUUGUUACUACCUCCUUCAACUGUUAUACGUUAUAAAAGAAAACGCUGCCAUGUAUAUUUUAGUAAUAUUACAAUAAACACUUUGGAAACUGAA